AUGAGCAGCUUUGAGACACUAUGGGUAAUGGAUUUGACCACUGGAGAGAUAAAAGAUGUUAUCAAAGGAUUCCAAAAGAUUCGAGAUACCUGUGGAAAUUUGAUCACAGAUAAAUUAUCUCUCUUGAAGGAAAUGCCAAGUGAUUGGUUGGAACAGCAGGCUGGUACUUACUUGUCAAGUAAAGAUACCUUGUAUGCUACCCUCAUAUCAUCACUUACAGCUUUCAACGGCCACGUGUUUGCUUGUGAUACAACUGCACAGAAGGUGGUGAAAAUGAAUAGAGAAACUAGGGCCUGCUCCAUGUUUCAGUUGGUGAAUUACAGGAUCCUUGGACUACCCUACUGGUUCUCCUUCCCACUGGAGAGGGUAUAUUCCCUUUCUCCAACUCAUGAGUUGUGGACUGAUCAUCUUCAACACUUCAACCAAUUGCCAGGCAGGACAGACGUAGAUAUAAAGGUCGACAUUCCAAUAGAUACUGAACUGGUUGAACCAUUGCAUGAGGGAUGUAUCUGGCGUAAGGCAAGAGGAGCUGCUACUGAAGUCUCAGGAACAAACGCUGAACUGAGAUCUUCGAAAAAGGUUGGUGUUGCCCAGAAGUGGUAUGAUGAACUCGAUAAUCUGGCAUUUUCAUCGGCUGCUGAAUCAGAGACAAUUGUGGAAGAUGAUGAUAGCACAAUUGCAGAAACUGAGAAUUUUGAGGACGACAAAGUUCGGAUUCAUUGUGCAGUUAAUACGAGCCAUGGCUUGAGUGAGGUGAUCAUAUAUGCACCACUGUAUUUGAGACUCAGAAGAGAUGCGAAUGUAGACGAAGAAGAUAAUAAGGAUAAACAUGCAGCGAGGAUAGCUGAUAUCCUAAAAUGGGGUAGUCACGGCUUAACCACAAGAGAUUCAUGCAUUAAGCUCUUGUCAAGAUUAGGAAAGGAUUUGAGAGACCUCGUCUUUGUGAAACCACUGCAUGUCAGAAUAAGAAUAGAAUGCCCUAAUCACCCUAAGGCACCCGAUAACACGAAAGAUAUCAUAUUGACCAAUUCCACUGUUGAUGUCCAUGUCUCACUUUGA